AUGGGUGCCCACAUCCAAACUCGCGGCGUGCGUCACGCGUACUGGGGCAAGCUCCACAUGGACGAGGUCGACAUUCUCUACGAAGAGAUGAUGCGCGCCGACGCCAACGUAAAGCAAGACGAUGGCGCCGUGCUUGACGCGCUCGCGUAA